UUCAAAAUUUUCGGGGAUUUAAAGCGAAUGUUUUAUAUUUGGUCCAUGACCGGCUGUGAUCCUAAUUCUACGUUUAGAGGGAAAGGAAAACUCAUAACCAAGAAAGAUGUUUUCUAUAAACAAGAAACACGUGCUGGUCUAGUAGGAGAGGUGACGAUAAAUAUCUUCUUCUUACAACGUUUUCAAAUUCGUACCACCUAACCGGCUUUCAGAUCGAGUGGAUGUGGAAAAGCAACUGUAAAUCAUUACAGAGCAACCAUAUUCCGACAAAAGGUAAAAAGUAAAAAACAAUUGAAGAAGAAAGAGGUAACGAUCACGUGGCGGCAAACCGCUCGUUGCAUCAAAAACGCAGUCGUUUUAAUGUUGCCGUGAGGGUGGGUGUGGCGUUGGAAACAAGCGUACAAGCUGAGAAAAGUAACCGAAUAGAAAGAAAAAGAAAUUGGAGAAAAGAGGCAUACAAAAAGAAGAGAUUACAGACCAAAGCAAACACCAUUUCAAACAUCUCUCGACCGAUUCUUCUUCAUCAAAGUUUGAAUCUUUUUCAAGUGGGUAUUGUAUAAUCUCUCCGGCGGCGAAAAUGGUGAUGCGGACGGAAGCUAGGGUCAGUGUAAGCUCAGGUCAAAGCGUCGUCGGCAACAAAGCCUCCUCUCAUCGUCUAACGCAAGAUCAGAGAUCUCACAUUGAAUCGGCUUCUCAGCUCUUAGCCGGAGGAAUCGCCGGAGCUUUUAGCAAAACUUGCACCGCCCCUCUCUCUCGCCUCACCAUCCUCUUCCAGGUACAAGGAAUGCACACAAAUGCAGCAGCUUUAAAAAAGCCGAGCAUAUUACACGAGGCUUCACGGAUAUUGAACGAAGAAGGGCUCAAGGCUUUCUGGAAAGGGAACCUUGUUACCAUCGCUCAUCGCCUUCCUUAUUCCUCUGUCAAUUUCUACACUUAUGAACACUACAAGAAGUUCCUGUAUAUGGUAACUGGGAUGGAAAACCACAGGGAGAGUAUAAGCUCAAACGUGUUUGUGCAUUUUGUAGCCGGUGGUUUGGCUGGUAUCACUGCUGCUUCUGCUACUUAUCCUCUUGAUCUCGUUAGAACUCGUCUUGCCGCUCAGACAAAAGUAAUCUACUAUACCGGUAUCUGGCAUACGCUCCGCACUAUCAGCACUGAUGAAGGUAUCUUGGGGCUCUACAAGGGACUUGGAACAACGCUUGUGGGUGUUGGGCCUAGUAUUGCCAUUAGCUUUUCUGCGUAUGAAUCUUUGAGAUCUUAUUGGAUGUCAAACAGGCCUCAUGAUUCUCCUGUAGUGGUCAGUCUAGCUUGUGGAAGUCUUUCAGGCAUGGCAUCUUCAACAGCUACGUUUCCAUUGGAUCUGGUGAGGAGAAGGAAGCAGCUAGAAGGCAUUGGUGGGAGAGCGGUUGUUUACAAGACGGGUUUGUUCGGGACAUUGAAGCGUAUUAUCAAGACAGAAGGAGUGAGAGGUUUGUACAGAGGGAUUCUUCCGGAGUACUACAAAGUGGUUCCUGGUGUUGGGAUUUGCUUCAUGACAUACGAGACGCUCAAGCUUUACUUCAUGGAUCUUUCCUCAAAGCUCUAGACAGGUUUUUAUGUUGUAGAAUUCUUAGGUCUAUUUUUCGUGAAAAGUCAAAACUGUAAAAGCAGAGGAUGGAGGAUAAUAUACGAAACUAUAGUAGAAAAUUUAUAUGUAUUUUUGGUUAUAUCCAGUGAGUUCUUUUUAACAUGUUACAGUCCUAGUUAAUAGUCCAUGUCAUCAACAAACACAGUGCUUUUUGUUGAACUUUUUGCAAAGGAUAUGAUGUUUUUUUUUUUACCAGAAGGGAUAAAGUAUAUGAUAUGAGUUGUUUGAUC